AUGACUUCCAUUAAUCUUUCUUAUAAUCCUCUCUUCUCUUGCAUUAUCACUCUCUACACUCUAAUUCUCCUAUACUUCCCUCAAGCACUUAAACUCUCAAUCUCUUCAAUUUUGAUCAUUACUUUAACUCUUUUGCUCUUUCUCUUACGCCUUGGUGCAAUUCAAAGACUCCAACUUUCAGUGGCUGAAGGCGAUGAAACCAAUGAAAUCAACCGAAACAAAGACACCCAUUUUGCUAAAACUUCAGACUCAUGCUUUUUGACUCAUGUAGACAAAUGGGAUGCUUCCCAAAGUGCUCGUAUAGCCCCGGAUCGGAACCCGAAUUUUGGAGGGUCGUUUGUGGAAUGGGAUGUUAGAGCUCCAUUGGAGGUUAUAUAUGAGGAACAUGAAGGAGAAGAAGGGGAGGAGGAUCCGAAUGGGAAGGAUGCAGUCCAGGAUCCCAACCAGUUUGGUGGUUUGGGAAGGUAUCCGUCUUUGGCUAAGUAUUACCCGGAAACGGAUUCGGAUUCAGAUUCUGACGGUGGGUUUUCCGUUCCCGGAGAGUGGGACUCGGCGGAGAGGUUUUGCUUUAAAUGGGAAGAUGAAGAUAAAGAAGGGCUAUUGAUAGAGAUAGCUCUUGAUAGUUAUAAUAAGAAGGAUACGGGUUUGGGAUUUCACGUUGAAGAGGAUAAUCUGAUAGAGAUCGAUAUUUCUCCGGCCAAAAAUGACAUGCUGUUUCCCAGAUGA